AUGACUUCAUUGCACAGACUAACAAAAAAAUUGUUCCUGGUAUCGAUCUUGGCUUUUGCUUUAUACGUCGGAAUGGUUUUUUAUGAUUACUACGUCUUCAGCUCAACAGAACACUUAACGCGAGCUAAAAAAGGAUUGUGCAAUAAUGCAGUUUCCGUCCCAGCAGCCUUUUCACCUACAGCUUUGGAUUCCUUUAAUAAAUCGCGGACUUUGAAUAUUUCAACGACGCAAGCCCAAUUAAAGGAGUUAAUAGACAGAAGUUAUGACCAAACAGAUCGCGGCCUAAAGCAAAGCCAACCCGAAGUUGCUUUAAAAGAAGAAUGCCAAGAAAAUAGUUCCCUUUUGGGUAAGUUUUAUCAAGUGUUUUAUCACGAAAGAUUAAGAUUUAAGAUUUCAGCUUAAGCUAAGAUUUUUUAGUAAAACUAAAUUCAUAAAAUCAUACUGAAAAAUCUUUACAGAUAUUUUCUAACAAAAAGCAUUUAAGGAAGCACGCGCUGCCAAAGAUGGUCGCACAUGGAGGUUCGACUAGCUGUAUUGAAUUUUACAAUCAGAAAAUACAUGACCAUUGUUCAUUUUUGUCAGCUGGACCUAUACCUCUGGAUUUGUCAAUACCAAAAAUGGAUGAUAUUGAAAGGCAAAUUUCUCGGGAUUUUGACGGCUGGGUCAGCAAUGGCGGAAUAUGGAGGCCGACAGAGUGUGAAGCGAAGGUCAAGGUGAGCCAUAAUAUAUCACCCAGGAGCGGGUUGUGAGAAGGGUUAUUAGCACUAGUCCGUGAUGAUGAUGAUGAUAAUAAUAAUAAUUAAUAAAUUAAUAAUAAUAAUAAUAAUGAGGAUAAUAAUGGUUUAUUUAACAGAUCCACUUUCUUUUCUGUUAACUUACAUUAAAAAUAAAUAAAAUUACGUUAUUCACAAUUAAAAAACAAGAGUGAUGUAUAAAAAAAGUAGAAGCAUUACUGACUAACAUAUUUGAAGUUAAUGUAAAAUUAACUAAUCACUCUGUACUCUAUUACAUAAAAGUUUCCUUGAAAGUUUUUAAAAGGUUCUGUAAUCUCAGUACAGUUACUAAUAAAUUAUGGUAGACUCAGUUAAAUAGCUUCGACGCAUUAUCUUGGAAAGUGUUGUUUUCGGUCGGGAUCGCUAAUCUAAUGGCAUUGCUUGAGCGUAUGCAGCUCCUUGCGACAUUGAUGUUUUAUUUUUAGAUCUGGCCAUGAUUAGUUACCACUGCAACUCAAUUAACUGGGAUUAAGGCUAAGGCUUACCAGCCUCGUCCCCAGGGCUCCUCCUGUUCUAUUUUCUCAGGGAUAAGCCCUAGGGUCUGGGGACGAGUUUGAAGGCUUACGUAAGGGCUCCAGGCCACAGAAACGCCUAGGCUGAUUUCACUGUCGUAAAAGGUCGUUGCUACUCUUAAGACACGUAGAAAAUUUUGACCCAUCAUAUUUAAAAGUCUUUUCUAAGAAAGAAGUUCACAACCCAGAAUCGAAUCCCGGUUUUUCGUAUGAUAAUAUCUCUCCUGCGCCAUUUCAAUACCACUCCGAAAACUUUAAGUACAUAUUUCAGUAAAUCGUCUUUCAUAUCUGAUACAUGUGCCACAUGUCACCCUAGGCCUUUCCCUAAACUUCUACGUAAAUUGAACGUGAGGCUAGACUACGUUCUUUAUAAGGUUAUUCAAAAAUGUAUAGUUUUCCUCGUUGUGACCAGGAGUAAUUAGCUCCUGUUGUAACUUAAUCCAGAGAAUAUACUACACCUACAAUGUCUAAAGGCUUGGUUACCAAUGGUCUUUAAGUAAUGAUCCUGGUAAGAAGGGAAGCAAUUUCUUUUGUUGUGGCGCAAUACGCUUUCCUCACAUAGAAAUGUUUUCAUUUUUACGCAGCGAGUGCAUAAAUUUACAAAAUGGCCAAGAAAUGUUCACAAUUUUACAUGAUCCGCACAUACGAUUUCUGUGUUACUUAGACUCGGACGAGAUUUUGUUAUAAGGAAGUUGGAUAGAAAAAAAGGGAUUAAUGUACACGCUGCUUUGCGAAGAUUUGGUAAAAUUUGGUGUUUAAACCAAUCAGAACCUUAGUAGAGACAAUAGUAAAGUUAGCACCUUUUUGCAUUCCGACGUGUUCACUGCGUUUUGGUCCUUUCCUUCUUAUCUGGACCAUUACUUAAAGGAGGAACCGCGCUUGAUUUGAUACUGAAGCUUUUGCUUAUGUUUCCUCUACAGGUAGCAUUCAUUAUCCCAUUCCGCAAUCGUUUCGAGCAGUUGUCCGUCUUUCUUCGACAUAUGCAUCCUUUGCUAAAGAAGCAGAAGUUAGAUUACAGGAUAUUUGUUGUAGAACAGGUAAACAUACGUACCAUACAUUACAUGAAGUGAUAAGGAGAGAACUCGGUAAAAAACGUUUCCACCAGAAGUCAUUUUCCAAUCUUCUCUUGGCAUUGGCCAUUCUUAGCUUGCGCAUGCGUAGACAGGGUCGAUGUUCCGUCAAGUAGGCCACUUUCGAUAUAGUAAAAUUCAGUACGAUAAUGAAUCUUAAUUAGAGGAAACAAACAAAGAAAAUAAAUAAACCUGUUUAGUAUGUACGAAAACAGUGGAUAGUGUUUUUCGCGCGCUGAUUGGCUACUCUACCGUCGGAUAUCCAGCACUAUUCACUGAUUCACCUCCGAGUUUCCUCCGAACGAGCGACGCCAAACUCGCGUAAGUUACGAGUAAAAUGGUUUUCCGUUUUUUUGCUUUAACAAACAAAGAAAUUUCACAAAUAAUGAAACAAGCUGUUGCAGAAAUACACGAAGAAGGUAAGGAACACCGGUGGAAAAGGUUUUUGUUUACAAAUGCAAACUAAGCUUAAGUCCUGUGUUACUAUAUCUAGCUUAUAUGUUCAUAAAUAAGCUUUAAACUGAAUUUAAAACUUUUUUACAGAAUGGUUUUUAAUACAAAGAGAAUUCAAGACCCUUUUCAAAGAAAUUUACCCGAAAGAGCUAGUAAAGCAAUGCCUUCAAAAGUUUUUAUUUGUCGGCAAGAAAACGCGAAGGCCGUUCGGUCAUUGCGUGCCAAAAUUGUAAUGAGAUCGUUGGCAAAAUGACCAAAAAAUCAUCAUUUUUGUGCUUAAUUAUCUCACUGUUUUAGUAUAUACUAAAUAACAAUUAUUCACACCGAAGUGGAGGUGGCUAGUGGUGGGUAUUUACCUCGCCGCUCGAUAAAUAUCCACCGUUAGCCACCUCCACCUCGGUGAAUAAUAGUUUCAUUUAGUUUGUUUUUAGAAACGCUAUCAUGCUGAAUUUUAAUAUAUCGCAAGUGACCUACAGGCCAUUUUAACUUUCAAGAGAAAACCUUUCCUGUGAAAAGACAAUAUCAGUGGCUUACGCAAAGUCUUUUUGGUAACAAACAAAAAUGGCAUUAUUGUUUUCAGUUGUUGGGGCAUUUUAACUAGAGAAACUGAAGGUCAAAUUUUUGUAACAAACGACUGGUUUGGCAUUUUCUAGGUGACACCAACUGCUUGGGUGACGCCAACGCUCUUCUGUUGGCUAUUACGAAUAAUAUCAUUAUGGGUGCAGUACGCCGGGUUACUUUUUUGGGGGGGGGGGGGGGUGGGUGGAAUGGGUUUGAUUUCAUAUCUGGCAUUUGUCUGCUAAUUAUUCCCUUUAUAUUUUUAUUUUCAACGACCCCAAUUUUAUGAACUUCCCCACCCUAAUUUUUAUUCAUUAAAAACAUUCGAAAAAUCUUUAAAUUCUCAAACAUUAAUUAAACGGAUGACUCUGACGUUAUUGAGUCAUUCAGUUUUGAAUGAAACAAGGGUGGAAAAAGUAAACAAGUCUUAUAAACCUGUUUGUCUGCUAAUGGACGGACCCAGGAGACACCAGUGAACUUACGCAACAGGACGGGUAACGAAAGACGACGGCAAAUCUUGUGUCACGAGUGUGAAAAUAAUUUUGCUUGAAAAAUCCUUCCGCCAAACUUCACAUUCCUUUAAGCAGAUCUUUUUGUAGAAGAGCUUCAAACAACAAUGUGAAUUGAAUUGAAAAAGUGAAUUCCCGACAAAACACGCAAUAGGCCCGUCACGUUUGUCACACUCAAGCGUUUUACCGUCCUGUUGCGUAAACUCACUACUUUGCGAGAGACGAUUUACAGUCAACUCUCUCUGAGACGGACACUUUUGGGAUCGGCACAAAGUGCCGCCUUACACUCGACUCUCUCUUAACGGACACCUCAGACUGUAAAACGGACACCUAGAGUUGGUCCCUGCCUUUUUUUACUCAUAUAUUUUAGUCUAUAAGACGGACACCUCUGUAAAACGGACACCUAGAGUUGGUCCCAAAGUUGUUCACCCUAGAAAGAGUUGACUGUAGAGAUGUCCCUUUUAUAGAGUCACUAAAAAUAAGAGGAGCAAAGAAAGGCAGAGACCAACUCUAGGUGUCCGUUUUACAGAGGUGUCCGUCUUAUAGAGGUGUCUGUUAAGAGAGAGUCUACUGUAUUCAUGGGCCAAACUGUUAAGUGGCGUGAAUUUUGUCUGCUAGGAUUUUGUUCUUAAAUACAAAAGUCCGUAGACGCAAUUUACUGUCACUGGAGCUUGCCUACCUCAAGGUACAAAUGACGCUAGACGUAAGGGCAGACCACCCAUUCAUGGCUGGCGGAAACAAAUUAAGUUCGACCCAUUUCUGGUCUAAGAUAAAAGGAGGAGAAUAGGGAAUCAGCCACGACAAUAUCAUUCCCUCUCCAGACUCCGUAGCUAGUGCUACCUUGUGGACAAUUCUGCUGAGAAGUUGUCUUUAAAAUCGUCACAAUUACUUUUUCAUGAAACAGUCAGGAGAUGCUCCGUUCAACCGUGCCAUGCUGUUUAACGUUGGCUUCAAGGAAGCACUUAAGUUUGACGAGUACAAGUGCUUCAUUUUUCACGAUGUGGACCUGUUGCCAGAAGAUUAUCGGAAUAAGUAUAACUGCAAUUCAUCACCGAGACAUAUGUCAAACGCCAUGGAUAAAUUUCACUAUCGGUAAGUAUUUAGGGCCUGUCCACACUAAUGCAUUUUCAAAAAUAAGCGUUUUCGCUAUCAUCGAAAACGCAUCGAUCGUUUGACGCCUACACUACCGUUUUGAUGCCUUUUCGACUGUUCAAAUGCAUCAAAACGUUGGAAAACGAUAGAAUUGCACGUUGUGACGUAAGCUGAACUCUAUGCGCAUGCACCCGCGAUACUUUUUAGUCAUCGUUUUCGUUUUGAGGCGUUUCGACCGUCUGCACUAAUACGCUAUGUAUGCGUAUUCUUUUUUUCUUUUUCAAAUUGACGCGUACUCAAUGAAAAUGCUCAGCGUAUGUAUAUCAGGAGAGGACACAAACAAAGAAUAUAUUAUAUGUGAAUCAGUAUAAGAUUGUGGGUGGAACUGCCCAUCACCUAGCCCUCCCCUAACUCAACGUUAACACUUACUUUCCCACUUAGGCCAAAAUGUUGGGUUUGGGGAGGGGAGCUUUUAAAGCUAUGUUGAUCAGCAUAUUAAAGAUUCUAGGAAUCUGCACCCCCACCCCCUCCCGUAACGCAACACUCGCUUUCUCACUUCGGCCAAAAUCAGGUUGGGUUUGGGGAGGGGAAAGUAGACCUUCUAAAGCUACACGAAUCAGUAAAAGAUUCUAGGAAACUGCCCUCCUACCCCUGGUCUGUAAGCCUUCGUUUUCUAUCCCUUGCUCGUCCCGAGACACACAGUAAUCUUUCUUAUUUCAUCGCCGAACGUCAAAGUCACCAUUUUUAUCAUUAUUUAUUAUUUAUCUACAGUUUACCGUAUUGGCAUUUCUUUGGAGGAGUAGAGGCGCUUUCACGGGAACACUUUGAACUCAUCAAUGGCUUUUCGAACAUAUUUUGGGGGUGGGGUGGAGAGGACGACAACCUCUACUUCAGGUAA